GCGCGGGCGGCGGCCCCUGGCGGCGGGAGGGCGCUCGGCAGCGCAGCGCUGCGCGGCGCAGCGCGGGGGCAGGGCGGCCCGCUUGGGGCAGCCCCCUUGCAUCCCCGCUGCAGCCUCCUUGGAGCCCUUUGCAACCCCCCUUGGAGCCCAUUGCAGCCUCAUAACAUCCCCGCUGCAGCCCCAUUGAAACCUCAUUAAAGCCCCAUUGCAUCCCCACUGCAGCCCCCUUGGAGCCCAUUGCAGCCCCAUAGCAUCCCCGCUCCAGCCCCCUUGGACCUCACUGCAGCCCUGCACCCAUGGGCAUCGCCAGGCUGGCCGAGCUGGUGCGGGAGGAAGCCCCGGACGCCGUGAGCUUGUGGCCCUUGCAACAGUACCGGGGCCGCGCCCUGGCCCUCGACGCCUCCAUCGCCUUGUGCCAGUUCCGCUCAGCCAUGCCACACAUCCUCAACCGGCGCGGGGAGGAGAUCAGUCCCUUGCAGGGGCUGUUCUACCGGACGCUGCAUCUGCUGGAGAGCGGCAUCAAGCCGGUGUUCGUGUUCGACGGGCAGGCGCCCGCCCUCAAGCAGCCCGUGCUGGCCCGGCGGGCCGAGGCGGCCGCAGCGAGGCGAGGUGCCUCAGACCCUGGCACGGCUGAAACCCAGUGGAGGCGUUUGAGGGAGGACUGCAAGACCCUGCUGGGCUACCUGGGGGUCCCGUGCGUGCAGGCUCCAUCGGAGGCAGAAGCCACGUGUGCGGCCCUGGCUAAGUCUGGCCUGGUCUGGGCCACAGCCACGGAGGACAUGGACGCCCUGGCCUUCGGGAGCCCCCGGCUGCUCCGUCAUCUGCGCGUCACUGGCAGUGGCGAGGUGGAGGAGAUCUCCCUGCCCCACGUGCUGCAGCGGCUGGACAUGACCCCCGAGCAGGUUUGUACGGGGCUGCACUGGGGACAUGGGGCUGGGUGCUGCAUGGACCCAACAGCAUCCUGGAGACGGACGGAUGCAUGCACAGGGGACACGUGCACAGCAGAGUCAGCGUGGGGCUCCUUUACCACCUCUCUGUGCUGGGGGGGGCUGCAGCAAGGGGAUGGGGGAGGUCUGUCCUCUUAACCCCGCGCUG